UUUUUUAUUCGUCGUCUGUUGAUGACGACAUAAGGCAGCGACUCACUCACAUGCAGGCGGUUCAACAACAUGGCAACAGUACAAGUUAGCGAGGCGGAAAAGGUGUAUAUUUUACACGGUAUUCGGGAUGACUUACGGGUGGAUGGAAGAGGCUGUGAGGACUAUAGACACAUGGAAAUAGAGACUGAUGUGGUGUCAAACACGGACGGCUCGGCUAAAAUCACACUGGGGCACACAGCAGUUCUAGUUGGGGUUAAAGCUGAAAUCGGAAAACCAAAACCUCUGGUCCCAAACGAAGGCUAUUUGGAGUUCUUUGUGGAUUGUUCAGCCAACGCCACCCCUGAGUUUGAGGGCAGAGGAGGUGAGGAGCUUGGCACAGAGCUGAGUAAUACUCUCUACAAAGUAUUCAACAACAAACACAGUGUGGACCUGAAGAGCCUCUGCAUCAGUGCAGGAGAGCACUGCUGGGUCCUCUAUGUGGAUGUGCUGCUCCUGCAGUGUGAUGGAAACCUGUAUGAUGCCAUUUCAAUAGCUAUCAAGGCAGCUCUCUUCAACACAAAAAUUCCCAGAGUGCACAUAUCAUCUGACGACGAAGGAGGAAAGGAAAUUGAGCUUUCGGAUGAUCCGUAUGAUUGCAUGAGGCUCGAUGUAGAAAACGUUCCUUGCAUAGUGACGUUGUGUAAGGUGGGUCACAGGCACGUAGUGGACGCCACCCUGCAGGAGAAGGCCUGCUCUGUUGCCAGCCUUAUCAUCUCUGUCACACACAAGGGCACCGUCACCUGCACCAGGAAGGUGGGUGGAGGCAGCCUGGACCCAGAGAGCAUCUAUGAAAUGACAGAGGCAGGUAAACGGGUGGGGAAAGCUCUUCAUGCUCCUCUUAUGAAGCUUCUGCAGCAGGAGGAGAGUUUGGGAACCAAGCGACAGAAAGUUGGCUUCCUUGGUUAAAUAACUACUGUGUCGUCAGUAUGUGUGUUUGUACAUGUAUACAGAAUUUUCUAAUAAAAAUGUGAACUUCUAAAUCCGUCUUGUAUUUGAGGGUUUUUUUUUCAUGAAGAUAUUCUGUAAAAAUGGUAAAUGGACUUGAGCCUGUAUAACACUUUUCUAGUCUUUCUGACUCUUCACACCCACACAUGUUCUUUCUGAUGGUAGAGGCUGCUAUGUAAAGUGUCCAUUAGUAUUAACCUUCUGGUUGAGAGACGACCGACUCUACCACUGACCACAGCCGCCUCCUGUUCAGUCAGUGUAACCUAAAGUGAUGUGAUUAGAAAAGAAGUCCACACACCCUGAAUAUUAUUGUUGAAAACAAACAUAAAGAUACUUUAGAAUACAGCCUGGACCCUUAACAUUACUGACUGCUAUAAUCUUAAUCUAACUGUUCUUUUGCAGGGUAACAAGGUGAGAAACACACCUCUAAUAUCAGCCUGCUGUCUAACUACAGGGUAGGAAGAGUGGACAGACACACCCCUGAUAUUAUUGUGUAAGUAGAGAGUUGUGUUUACUUUAUAAUACAGGCUGCAACCCUAAUAUUUCUAUGUAAUAACAAGGGGAGAACAGUUGAUACUUGAGAUCAAUAAUUUGGUAAAUAAACAAACUGGCAUGCUCAA